GUUGCAGGAGUGCAGUUCCGCGAUAUCAUCCCGAAUAUCGGCUUGGAGACGGACGACGAAAGAUGGUACGAGAUUGCGAAGGAAGUCGUGAAGCUAGGUCCAGUGGUACGAUGUUUAAAAGGAUACUCGAAUACGGCCAUUGGACUUUCCGCAGCCGAUAUCAUAAUGGCGAUAUUACGUAAUACGCAAGCGAUUAUACCAGUUUCGACUCUAGUGCAGGGUCACCAUGACGUGUGCAACGAGAUGUUCUUAUCUCUGCCAUGCGCAAUUGGCGAAAACGGUAUCACGCAGAUCAUACGAAUGCACAUGACUGAGUACGAGAAGAAGUUGUUCCAGGCUUCGGCGGGCGCCGUGUAUAACGUGCAGAAGGAUGUCAAACCUUGAGCGGCCACGCGGUGAAAAGAGCGCGAACGAGUUUAAUUAAUCUUUUGUAAAAAGUGGUAUCGAGUACAAUAAAUCAUAUAUGUGGUUUGUCUCGAAACGUUUCGUUUUAUCAUGAUCACGAAACCGCAGAACCGUGCGAUCGAGACUCCUGAACUGAGAUCCUUCCGAUACACGCGGCAGGAGCCAUGACAACCGCGAGUGCUCCAGUUGCUAAUUUAUGCAAAUCAAAAAUGAUGGAUUCUGUGAAUUAAGACUCCUCGAAUUCGGUGAUAGGAAUCAUGGAAUAAUCUAUGGGAAUCUAUGGGAAUGAUAUAUCAUCUGGUCAGCGGUCUACAGUAGCUGAAAUCGGAGCCGAAGAACUAAUGACGUCAACGACCUGUUUUACGAUAUCUAGGGCAGGCAACGUGUCGCUUGUGCAAUUUGUACUCCGAGUCUCUUCCGAGUAGAGACUUUCGUCAAAUGAAUCGUGUUAGCGCGUUUUUCGGAAAUCCCGGGAUUUCCUGAAAACGUACAGACUUCACUUUGACACCUCUAAGUGAGAUGGUAAGAGUGCGAUGUAUUCCAAUGAUGUACAAUCGAGCGAAAGGUGACCAAUGGAUGGUACCAGAAGGCCGUGGCCACGCCGCAGGCUAGGCCAUGGCAAGGUGAGAGAAGGAUGUGAAAACCGUGCGCAAGAUGGCGCCGAAGUACUCGAUACCUAUGCGAUACCUGUAUCCACCUGCAUCAGAACAGGGCCGUAGCAGAGUUCGAGCCAUUCACUGCGGGGAUUGGAGUAUGGCAUUACGACAUGGUCGCGCGCAUCCUGAUUUAUUGCUGGACGAGCUUCGUAAUGCUAACGCUAAUGAUACCGAUCGGUGACGACACAAGAGGUUGAUGACGAGGAUUCGGCAUGAAGAAGUAAUGAAAACCCUGAGCGAUAUCGAUAUCGGCGAGCGACACUUUGAACGUUCCCCU